UUUUUUGUUAUUAAGGAAUGUUAACUUCCUCUUUUACUCUGGCUCCUCUCUGUCAUCAUGCAUGGAGAGCCUCCUUUGCUGAGGAGAGUUUUCCCCUCAGUCAGUCUCCUUCUUUGCAAUCUAGUGUGUGCCAACUCAAGGAGUGUAAAUCGAUGCUAAGGGAAGCAUGUUGCCAAAACAACCAUGACGUUCCUUCCCAAGCUACAAAUAAGUCACUGUUUAACCUGUUGGUAAACCCUAUCUCAGUGAUCAGGAACCAGCUGCAUCCCACCCUGGCUCCUGUGUAAUGAACUUCUUCUCCUCCACAGCUCCCAGCAGGCUGCGAAGACUGAGGGUCUUCAUGCUUCUUCCUCGACUCCCCUAGAAUGGAUGUGUGUGGCUGGAAGGAAAUGGAGGUUGCUCUGGUCAAUUUUGAUAACUCAGACGAAAUCCAGGAAGAGCCCGGCUACGCCACAGACUUCGACCCAACCAGCCUAAAAGGCCGUCCUGGGAGCAGCCCCUUCUCCAACUGGAAGACCCUCAUCAGCGACAGCACCAGCCAUGAGACGGCCUUCUCCAAGCUCUUGGAAGACUAUGUGGAGCCCCCAGGCCCUGAACCAGUGGUCUUGAAUGAAGGAAACCAGCGGGUGAUCAUCAACAUUGCUGGCCUGAGGUUUGAGACCCAGCUCAGAACCCUCAAUCAGUUCCCAGAGACCCUCCUGGGAGACCGGGAGAAAAGGAUGCAGUUCUUUGACUCCAUGAGGAAUGAGUAUUUCUUUGACCGGAACCGGCCCAGUUUUGAUGGAAUUCUUUAUUACUAUCAAUCUGGUGGGAAAAUCCGGCGCCCGGCCAAUGUUCCCAUUGACGUCUUUGCGGAUGAGAUCUCCUUCUAUGAGCUGGGUAGUGAGGCCAUGGACCAGUUCCGAGAGGAUGAGGGCUUCAUCAAAGACCCUGAAACACUGCUCCCCACCGAUGACAUCCACCGUCAGUUCUGGCUCCUCUUUGAGUACCCCGAGAGCUCCAGCGCCGCCCGUGGUGUGGCUGUGGUCUCGGUGUUGGUUGUGGUCAUCUCCAUCACCAUCUUCUGCCUGGAGACACUCCCAGAGUUCCGAGAGGACAGGGAGCUGAAGGUGGUCAGGGAUCCCAGCCUCAACAUGAGCAAGACAGUCCUCCCCCAGACCAUGUUCACCGACCCUUUCUUCAUGGUGGAGUCUACCUGCAUCAUGUGGUUCACCUUCGAGCUGGUGCUCCGGUUCACGGUCUGCCCCAGCAAGACGGGCUUCUUCAGAAACAUCAUGAACAUCAUUGAUAUCAUCUCCAUCAUCCCUUACUUUGCAACUCUCAUCACAGAGCUGGUUCAGGAGACUGAGCCGAGUGCUCAGCAGAACAUGUCCCUGGCCAUCCUGAGAAUCAUCCGCCUGGUGAGGGUCUUCCGCAUCUUCAAGCUCUCCCGCCACUCCAAGGGGCUGCAGAUCCUGGGGCAGACGCUGAAGGCUUCCAUGCGGGAGCUGGGGCUGCUCAUCUUCUUCCUCUUCAUUGGAGUCAUCCUCUUCUCCAGUGCGGUCUACUUUGCUGAGGUGGAUGAGCCCGAGUCCCAUUUCUCCAGCAUUCCUGAUGGCUUCUGGUGGGCAGUGGUCACCAUGACAACUGUAGGCUACGGGGACAUGUGCCCAACCACUCCGGGGGGGAAGAUCGUGGGCACUCUAUGCGCCAUCGCAGGAGUCCUCACCAUUGCCCUCCCCGUGCCUGUCAUUGUUUCAAACUUCAAUUACUUCUACCACCGGGAGACUGAGAAUGAGGACAAGCAGAACAUCCCAGGAGAAAUUGAAAAAAUCCUCAACAGUGUGGGCUCAAGAAUGGGCAGCACAGACUCCCUUAGUAAGACCAAUGGGGACUGUUCCACAGAGAAGGCUAGGAAGUGAUCAGUCCAGGCUUCCUGGAUCCCCUUG